UCACACUCCUUACCAAUAGGUGGCGGUAACGCGGACCACCAGGUUGUUUGCCGACCAUCACUGGAAAAGUGAAGAAUAAGAAGAAUACUGCCUUUCCACGGUGUGGUCCGUGUAAGCGGCUAUCGCUGAAGUGUCUGUAGCCGGAAAACUGAAUUAAAAGAUGCCGCCGAAGAAGGGCGAAGCCCCAAAACAGCCACAGUUGAUUGGACGAUUUGGAACAUCGCUUAAAAUUGGAAUUGUGGGCUUGCCAAAUGUUGGGAAAUCCACCUUUUUCAACGUCUUGACCAAAAGUCAAGCGGCAGCGGAGAACUUCCCCUUCUGCACCAUCGACCCCAAUGAGAGCCGAGUGCCUGUCCCUGACGAACGCUUCGAGUUCCUUUGCCAGUAUCAUAAACCGGCCAGUAAGGUUCCCGCUUUCCUGAAUGUGGUGGACAUUGCCGGUCUGGUAAAGGGAGCACAUGCCGGACAAGGACUGGGGAACGCCUUCCUGUCUCAUAUCAGUGCCUGCGACGGCAUCUUCCACAUGACUCGUGCCUUUGACGAUGAGGACAUUAUCCACGUGGAGGGUAACGUAGACCCAGUGAGGGACAUCGAGAUUAUCCACGAGGAGCUGCGGCUAAAGGACGAGGAGGCCAUCAUGCCCAUCAUCGACAAACUGGAGAAGACGGCGAUCAGAGGCAACGACAAGAAACUUAAACCAGAAUAUGACAUCAUGUUGAAGGUGAAGAACUGGGUGGUGGAUGAGAAGAAACACGUGCGAUUUUGCCAAGACUGGAAUGACAAAGAGAUCGAGGUUUUGAAUAAAUACCUCUUCCUGACAUCCAAACCAAUGAUCUACCUGGUCAACCUGUCGGAGAAGGAUUACAUUAGAAAAAAGAACAAGUGGUUGGCCAAAAUCAAGGAGUGGAUUGACGCUCACGACCCCGGCGCCAUGGUAAUCCCCCUUAGCGGAGCAUUGGAGUCCAAACUGUUUGACAUGGAGGAGGAGGAGCAGAAGAAAUACUGUGAGGAGCAGAAGACACAGAGUGUUCUAACCAAAAUAAUAAAGACUGGCUACGCAACAUUACAAUUGGAGUACUUCUUCACAGCGGGACCGGAUGAGGUGCGAGCAUGGACUGUACGGAAAGGCAGCAGAGCUCCUCAGGCAGCCGGAAAGAUCCACACCGACUUCGAGAAGGGUUUCAUCAUGGCGGAAGUCAUGAAGUACUCGGACUUCAAAGAAGAGGGCAACGAAAAUGCAGUCAAGGCGGCGGGGAAAUACAGACAACUGGGCAGAAACUACGUGGUGGAGGACGGGGACAUUAUCUUCUUCAAAUUCAACACACCCAACGCGCCUAAGAAGAAAUAAGCACGGCCAAAGACGAACAAAACCAAAAGGACACUUCACGUUGGUCAGAACGCAGCUUUUAUGUGAGGUCCCUUCUUCAAUGACACACUGACUAAAUCCAUCUUAUCAAAGCUUUCCAUCUACAACUGCUAAAGAGAGUGUUAUAGUCUACUUUGCGGCUAAGUGUGGUUCUAUUCUAAUUUUAUUCCGUUGUAUUCCUUUAAAUCGAGGUCAAAUAAAACACAGGGGCCUAUCCUGUUUUUGUAAAGACCAACAAGGGAAUUAUCAUCCACUGCUUUUUAUUCUAACUUGACGCCCCCCAUCCUCAAUCACCUUUGAAGGAGACAUUGUGAAUGGGGAACCACUUCGAAUAUGGACUUAAAACUGCAGCUUGGUCCAAGGAAGGGAGCCGGGAUAUUUGAAAUAAUGUCACUGUCAUCAAUGUGCAUGUUUCAAUAAAAUGCCACAAAAGACA